GCAGUGUUGUGGCUCUGCUCCAUAUUAAUGGCGACGAGUGUGACUGAAAAACGACAAAAGAGACAAGAGCAGCCUUGGACGGGAGGGUCUCCGUACGCUCUCUCAGAACCCAAAAACAUUCUCUCUCUCCAUCCCAUUUUCUGUUAUAUCACCAACCUCUCUCCGUAUUGUCGUCUCUUGUUUUACUCUCUCUUUCUCUCUCUCUCUCUCUCUCUCUGAAUCUUCCUUUUCCUCCUUUGUGAAAUCGCUUCUUUAUCUUCCCCUUUUCGAUCUGCUCUUUUUAGAUACACAGUGUUGAUAAAUCGACGAUGUUUGGAGAAAACUUUAUGGGUUUUGGAGGUUUUCCGGGAGAUUUUAACAUGAGAAGAGCUGAUCCGGAUCGUCGUCUUCCUCCUGAUUUUGGUUCCUCCGAUGGGUUUCUACAGAGUCUCGACACAAACCCGUUUCUGAAGAAUCAUUGCUACAACAAGAGCGAUAUGGUGUCUGAUGGUCUUGAUCUGUGUAAAAAGCUCAGUAAAAUGGGUAUCGCUUGUGACAUGAGCAUUUGGAGCAGACCCGAGCCGAUUCGGGUCGACCCGGGAGACUUUGGGUCUAGAGGAAAUCAUCUCCGUGAGUUUUCUUCUGGGUUCGAGCAGAAUCUGAGUGGAGCUUCUCGGAUUCAAAAUGGGUUUCGCAACGCUUCCUCUGGGUUUCUUCAAAACACCUCUCAUGGAGUUUCUCCGGUAGAGCUUAGAUUUCUUGGCGUUCAAGGUUCCGUUAACCCCCACGAGUUUGAAGAGAUGAUGGCUCUUAAGAAUCACAGAGAUUUUCACUUGGACCAUAUGAAUCGACCCAUGAAGCGUCCUUCUCCUUGUCUUAGAGCCGUCUGUCUUGGGAACGAUGCAUUUCAGGGUCCGUUGAUGUUUGAGGAAGAAAGGGUUUCUCGUAACCUAGCCGCCAUGGAAGCUUCUACAGAGCUUGGGAACGAUGCGUUGAUGUUUAAGGGAGAAAGGGUUUCUCGUAACCUAGCCGCCAUGGAAGCUUCGUAUACAGAGGAUAUUCUCAGAGCCAGAGGCGUCUCUUUUGGGAACGAUGCGUUGAUGUUUGAGGAAGAAAGGGUUUCUCGUAACCUAGCCGCUAUGGAAGCUUCUUAUACAGAGGAUAUUCUCAGAGCCAGAGGCGUCUCUUUUGGGAACGAUGCGUUGAUGUUUGAGGGGAAAAGGGUUUCUCGAGCUCUAGCCGCCAUGGAAGCUUCUGGAGCUUCUCAUCCACUGGUCUCUCUUGGGAACGAUGAGUUGAUGUUUGAAGGAAACAGGGUUUCUCGAGCUCGAGCAGCCAUGGAAGUUCCAGGAGCUUCUCUGAUGGGUCCAAGGAGCACUAAUGGCCUGCCUCAAAGUCUAGCCUCCAUGGUUAACAUCUACGGAUCUGUGAAAUUAAUGGCGAAAGAUCAAGUUGGUUGCAGAGUUUUGCAGAAAUUGGUCGGUGAAGGAAGGUUUCUUGAUGUUAUAUUCACUGAAAUCAUUAACCAUGUCGUUGGACUUUCUAUGGAUCCUUUUGGGAAUUACAUCGUCCAGAAACUAUUAGAUGCUUGUGACGAGGAACAGAGGACGAUUAUUGUGAGUGUGUUAACCUCAAACUCAAGGGAGCUCAUCGAAAUCUGUCUCAGCAAUUAUGGGACACGGGUUGUCCAGAAGAUGAUAGAAGCUGUGAAGACAAGACAGCAGAUAGGGAUGGUGAAGUCAGGUCUCAAACCGGGCUUUCUUGCUCUGGUUAUUGAUCUGAAUGGUAAUCAUGUUAUUCAAACUUGCUUGAACUCUCUAAGUGCUAAUGACAAUAAGUUUGUGUUAGAAGCUGCUACGAAGUACUGUGCUGAGAUAGCAGUUCAUCGCCACGGAUGCUGUGUGCUUCAAUGCUGCGUUUCAAAAUCUGUUGGAGAGCAACGUGAGAGACUCGUCAAUGAGAUAUCUAAACACUCACUUUACCUUUCUCAGAAUCCUUUCGGGAACUAUGUGGUGCAGUAUCUAAUAAAGCAAAACGUAUCUGCGGUGAAGUUACUGGUUCAGUUUAGAAUGCAUUACGCGGAGCUAGCGACUCAGAAAUUCAGUAGCCAUGUGAUGGAGAAGUGUCUUAGGAAGUAUCCACAGAGUAGAGCUGAGAUUGUAGGAGAGCUUCUCUCCGUUCCAAACUUUGAACAUCUCUUGCAGGAUCCGUAUGGGAACUAUGUGAUCCAAACUGCUCUAACUGUAACCAAGGUCGGUUCCAAAAUCAAAACUUAUACAUUAUAUACAACAGAAAGCUUUUGA